UCUUGUAUUUUAAAUUGAAAUGAAAGAGAUAGGCAAGCAAGCAAAAAGAAAAAAGGAAAAGUGAGGAAAACAUAUAGAGAGCAAAGCAGGCAGUGAAGAAACUGUUUAUGAUGUCUGCACAACUAUUAAAAGCUUCCUUUUUCUGCAGAGGAUUGACUUUAGUCCUUAAUGUCGACCUUUGAGCUCUAUGGUCCAAAGCAAUUACUAACCAUUUCAAAGCAAUCAUUCUGUUUGGUGUCUCGCUGAGUCAGGAUGAAACAUUAUUCACAUCUGCUCCUGAGGUGAGAAAAGCAGGAAGAAUUAGUGAUAAGUGAGGGCUGUCUGCUAUCAGACUGCAGAUGUGAUAGCAAGAUUUCUGAUUUACAAUCCCUUUUAUCUCGUAUGAGUGUGUCCAGGCUAGUCUAAAGCAAGCGUUUCCCGCCCUCACUACACCGGGCAAAACGCCAAAGCCAUCAGGCAGUCAUACGCCUACCAUCAGCUGAGGAGUUGCACAGCAGUCUCAUUUCUAAUUAUACACCCAACAACAGAGAGCUACAUGGAGAAAGGGAGAGAGUGUGUGGAAUAUGGAGAGAGGAAGAGGAGGGUGAUUACAAAUGGAAGAGAGGCUGAGAGUGCCACUCAGCAGCAAACACCGGGUGAACAGGUUCAGACGUGAAAGAAAGAAAGAAAGAAAGAAAGACAGAAAGAAAGAAAGAAAGAAAAAAGAAAGAAAGAAAGAAAGAAAGAAAGAAGAAAGAAAGAAAGAAAGAAAGAAAGAAGGAAAGAAAGAAAGAAAAAAAUAGGGAGACGUCAAAUCUGUCUCAGAAAGGUUAACAGGACUGACUGACUGAGUAGAGUGGGAGUGUAAAAUGUAAAAGCGAGUAGGAGGGAAGAGAGAGAGGAGGAGAAGAGACAAGAAGAGAAAAGGAGGAGAGUGUCUGAUAGACAGUCUGUUGAGCUCGUCUGGAUGUUUCUGCUCGUUCUGUUCUUUUCUCCUGCAGCCUUGGAGGACGACACAAGGCAGACAGGUGUGUGAGGACCGUCCGUGUUCAUCUCGUAAACAUGGAUGCACAGAAAAAACGACGGAUGGAUGGACGGAGGAACAUAUCGUGACAACCUUGGACCUUACUAUUUGCAACACUUGCCAAGAGACUAAUGGAGUCUGUAUCACAUGAUCACAACACCUCCUCAGCUUCUGCAGGAGGGCACGCAGUGCCAGUGUGAGCGACAGGCAGUGUGAGCCAAUGAGCUUCACACCAAACCCGAUUCUAGUCCCAGACAGGGACAGCCUUCCACUGAAAAAGAGGGACCAAAGACCGAGCUCAACAUCACAGCAGCAGCAGCAGCUGUGUGAUGCUGCAACAUUCAAGGCGCCUUACCCUUACAAGAGCCACAGCGAGUUUAAGACAAAACACACAGGCCCAUUUCAGCCAGUGCCAAGACGGGCUCCUGCACUCUACCAGCCCUGGAUUCAGACUCACACAUCCACCAGAUCCAAGCCUCAUGUGCUGUCUGCAUUCAGGGAGCACCAUGGCUGGGCAGAGUGGAGAGAGUUUAACCCCCUGCACCCUGGAUGGGACUUUUCCCACCAUUAUCAGCACCACAGCCACUUAUCUGGCACACCCACAGUUCACCCAGGGCACCCACACCACCCCUCCAGAUUCAGCCCUACCUCCUUGGUCUUUGAGGGUUUCCACAGACUGGGUGGAGGCUACGGCUGGGAGCAGCUCAAGACAUUAAGGGACACAAACAGGCAGAGCAGUGGCACGAAUAAAGGACCAUAUGUGAGGAGAAGAGACAGGAAAGCUGAGUAUUUUCCCAGGGUUGCAAAACCAAGUCCUCCAUCGUUGAGCACAUGCCUACCUCACUCUCCACAUGAGGACCAACAUGAUUUGUUGCACCAAUCAACAAAUGUUGUCAGCCACCCUGUUUCUGGACGUUCCUUCCCUGGUGAUAACUCAAACAGCACAUACACCUCCAUGAAGGAGGACACAGUCAGAUCUUCUGUUCUGGCCUCUACUGAACAUGCUUCUUCCUCCUCCUCCUCUUCCUCUCCCAACCGUUUCCCCUGGCUGCUCCCUCACUUCGUGGCCGGCUCUCUGAUCGAGCUCAGAGACGGGCGGCUGAGACGAGUGGAGCACCUGCAGACAGAAGACUUCCAGCUGGGAUCACAGGCCUGUCCAGACCUGCGUCUGAGCUGCUGCACGGUGCAGAGCAUCUCCCCUUCAGCCUCCUCCUCCUCCAUCUCACGCCUCCUGAUCCUCCUUCACGACCAACAGUCACAGGAGUUGGUGGAUGUCUAUGUGGAGUACCCAUUCUUUGUGCGUGGGCGGGGCUGGUCCUCCUGCAGCCCUCAGAAGACUGCCCGUCUUUGUGGCCUGCAGUGCCGCCAGCUCUGCGUGGGGGACGUCUGCCUGGCCCUCACACCCGUCCCUGCUCCACAGCCUCCACCGACAGCCGCCCCGGAGCCGAAAACCUCACCCAGGAAGUCAGAGAGAGGGUGUGAGCCCGUAAAGGUAUCACACCCGCAGGUUCCCCCAGGGCCACAGUGGCCAGCAGCAGGGCAGAAGAAGGAAGCAGAGGCAGUGCGGAGGAGACACUAUUCAGCCCCUGAGCUGAGAGGUUCAGGGACUAAUUGCAGUGAGGAGGGUCAGUGGUUUAUGGGCAGGGAGUAAGUCAGUCUCUUUUAAGCUCUGCUACAUUUAGCCUAUAUUUGCUGUCUUUCUACCUCCUGCCUGUGCUUGACUGUCUUUUUCUACUUGUACCUAAGGAGUAAAAGCUGAGGAAGAACAAUAAGGUUGAGUCUCAGGAUCCCCUAGAGGUUAUGUUAGCACAUAUGAAUUUGUCAAGGUAAGUCAGGGAUCACAUGCUGAUUAUGUGAGCUGAAUCAGAGUUAAACUUCACAUCUUCUGUGCGCCUGAUCUCUGCCAAGUCUCUCAUAACACAGAGUUAAACCUUGUUCAUGCGAGAGAGAAAGUUUGAGAGAAAGUGGAGAGGUAAAGUGUACAAACGUCUCACCGCAGGGAGCUGCUUCAGUGACAGGGAAUUUGUGAAAGAUCUUGUAGGCUCAAAUAAUAUUGUUUUAGAUUUAAAUCUGAGGGCUCGUAUUCUUUCACAAUCAGCUCAUGUUCCUUGAAAAGCACAUAAAAAUAGUCCCUCAGGUGAUUCACUGAUGAUAUCGUCUUAAAGUUUGUCUUCUGCCUAAUAAUAUGUGAGGGUUCUUCAUGCUAACAAAUGAUACAGUUUGAGAGGAAAUUUCAAAUUGACAAUCAACACCAUAUUUGAUUGUAUCAGUAGGAUUUAGUUUUACGCUUCUACCUCUAUUUUCUAUUUACGGUGACAGAUAAUUGUGUGUUUUUAACAGUGUGGGCUGUGAUGUAAAACGCUUUGAUGGAAGCUUUCAGCUACUCAGUGAAUGUCACUAUGAAUGCCUUUAUUUGCCACAUUAUGUAAAGUACGUGCUUUGCUUUUUGUACUAAUGCGUAUUUUAGUGGAGAAUGGAGACGCUUGUGCUAUUCUAGGUACUUUAAAGGCACAAUCAGGAGUCAGUGUGCAGCAUCAUGUGUCAGCACUGUGAUGUUACACACACUUUUCGUCACAGCCUGCUGUAAACCUGACAACAGAUAAGGUCUUUAACUUGUGAAAUGGUUCUCUCACUGUUAAAUAAAUCU